AACGAAUCCACCGCCUCGCAGCCCCUUCUACUCUCCUCUUCUUUGCCUUCUGCACGGUCUCCCGCCACGACGCGAUCUCUGCAUCGAUCUGCGCCUUCGUCUUCGUCCCGUUCUUCGCAGGAGGCGCGCGCAUUCACGGCGGGAGCAAUGGCGAGGAGCGCGCGGUCGGCGGCGACGGAGCGAGCAUACAACCGGUUCGCGCCGCCGGCGUCGCGCGGUGGCGCCGGCGGCAACGGUGUCGAUGAGUUCGACGAGUCGGACAUAUGGGGAUCGUUCGAGCCGGCCGCCGACGUGGUCGAGCCCAGGGCGGCCGGCUCGCCCCGGGGACGUCACGUGCCGACCGCACGGCCCGGGCGUAAGCCGGCGCCGAAGAAGAAGCCCGCUGCGCACGGGUCCCUGCCGGUGAACAUACCCGACUGGUCCAAGAUCCUGGGCGACGAGUACAGGGGCCCCCACGCCGGCGGCGACUGGGAGUUGGACGACGACGAGGACAUCGACGCGGCAGCGACGACGGCCACGUCCGUGGUGCCGCCGCACGAGCUGGCGUGGCGCCGCCGCGCCGCGUCCCUGUCGGUGCACGACGACGGGAUGGGGAUCGGCCGGACGCUCAAGGUCCGCGACGCGGUCUGGAAGAAGACCGGGUUCCAGGCCUGACUUGGAGCGGCACGUCGGCACCCUCCUCGAGCUAGCUGUUUUGUUUGAAGAUUAGUAGAUUAAUUAAUUAACUCUCGAGCGCUAGGUAAGGUAGUUGGUGUUCUUUUUUUAGCAGCACUUACUGCUUGCUCAAGUGCUUCGUGCUUGCCCUUCUCUCUUUUUUUCUGGGAGCUAUUUUUUUCUUCUCAAUUUCCACGGCAAAUUCAGGAGAUCAAGGUUCAGAAGAGGUAGUAGUUAAUCGGCAGUAUGAGCUGCUUGUUGUUGAUUCAUCGUGACAUGUAUUUUCUCGGGAGAACGCAGAAGUGAUUACAAUUAACUAAUUUUGAUGAUAUGCAUGGCAUUUUAAUCUGUGUGUAGUAUUAUAUUUUUUAACUUGGAGAAAUUAAAGU